UUGCAACACCCUCCCCCUGCCUCUCCAGAGGAGGAGCUUCUCUUGCACGCAGCUAGUCACUGCCAGAUCCCUUUUUUGGUGGUUUCUGAAGGCUGACAGAAAUAAUCCGUAUCAACCAGGGCUCAAAUUGUAAUUAAUUUCAUUUGUCCACUUGGCAGGGAUCUGAAAGGGAAGGAGCCCCCUUCCUCCCUCCUUCCCCGCUCGGCCGGUGUUUGGAUUGACACAAGGUGGGAGAGUGAAGUCAUCAAGCCUGGGAGAGCAGUGGGUGUGCUGGGAGCAGGGCUGAGAAGGAAGGAGUGAAACGCCAGCUGUGCUGAUAAGUGGAGUUCCAUGUAUGUUUGUGCAAACCUGGCCAGAGAGUACAACUGAGGAGAAGCCACGUCCCACCUUCCUAGAGGCUCUGAUCCAGGGACCUGAGCAAGGGUUUGUCCAUCCAUAACUGCUGUUGCCCUUAUGAAAUACUCUCAAAGGUCAUCUUGCGAAGUCUUCCAAGAAAAUACUAGCAGUUGUAAGAAAACUAUGUUUAACAAGAAUAACAUCUUCCUCCAGUUGGACUGAAACAGAAAUGCUCCUCUGAAUUGGCCAUGUGGUUAUGAUACUGUUCAGAUUUCAUCAUGCCUCCUACAGUGACAGACAUCCUUGACAUCUGGGCAGUGGAUUCACAGAUAGGAGCUGAUGGCUCAAUCUCUGUGGACUUCCUGCUGCCCACUGGAAUCUAUAUCAACCUGGAUGUCCCUAGAGAUGCCACCAUAUCUCAUAUUAAACAGCUACUAUGGAAGCAAGCACACAGCUAUCCCUUAUUUCAUCUCCUUUUGGAGAUUGAUUCUUACAUGUUCUCAUGUGUGAACCAGACAGCAGUACACGAGGAGCUAGAGGAUGAAACGCGAAGACUCUGUGAUGUUAGACCCUUUCUUCCUGUCCUCAAACUUGUGACAAGGAACUGUGAUCCAGGGGAAAAAUUGGAUUCCAGAAUAGGUGUUCUCAUAGGAAAAGGCCUUCAUGAAUUUGAUGCCCUACCGGACCCUGAAGUGAAAGAAUUCCGUACAAAAAUGCGACGAAUCAGUGAAGAGAAGAAUCACUCACUUGUUAGUCUGUCUUGGAUGGACUGGUUAAAGCACACUUAUCCCCCAGAACAAGAACCUUCUAUCCCAGAAAACUUCCAAGAUAAGCUCUAUGGUGGAAAUCUUGUAGUGGCCAUUCAUUUUGAUAACUGCCAGGAUGUAUUUAGUUUUCAAGUAUCUCCUAACAUAAAUCCUAUCAAGCUGAAUGAGUUGGCAAUCCGAAAACGUUUGACUAUCCGUGGGAGGGAAGAUGAGGAAAUCAAUCCAAGUGACUAUGUGUUGCAAGUUAGUGGAAGACUGGAAUAUGUUUUUGGUGAUCAACCCUUAAUUCAGUUCCAGUAUAUCCGUAACUGCGUGAUGAACAGGACUCUUCCUCAGCUGACCCUUGUUGAGUGUUGUACCAUAAAGAAAAUGUGUGACCAGGAAAUGAUUGCCAUAGAAGCUGCCAUAAACCGAAAAUCAUCCAACUUGCCUCUUCCUCUGCCACCAAAAAAAACACGUACAGCUACCCAGCUGACCCAGAGUGUUUGGGAUAUUAGCAACCCUUUCAAGAUUAUUCUCUUAAAUGGUAACAAGUUGAACACAGAGGAAACUACCAAAGUUAGUGUCAGGGCUGGUCUUUUCCAUGGGACUGAGCUCCUUUGCAAGCCUAUUGUAAGUACAGAAGUAUCGGGGAGAAGUGACCACGUUUGGAAUGAAACCCUAGAAUUUGAAGUCAAUGUUUGUGACUUGCCAAGAAUGGCGAGGCUGUGCUUUGCAGUUUAUGCCGUGAUGGACAAAAUGAAAACGAAGAAGUCAACCAAGACAAUGAAUACUGCCAAAUAUCAGACCAUUAGGAAAGCUGGAAAAGUGCACUAUCCUGUAGCAUGGGUAAAUACUAUGAUAUUUGAUUAUAAAGGACAGUUGAAGACUGGAGACCUCAUAUUGCACAGCUGGUCAUCAUUUCCUGAUGAACUUGAAGAAAUGUUGAAUCCAAUGGGAACAGUACAAACUAAUCCUUACGCUGAAAAUGCAACAGCUUUGCACAUUAAAUUUCAAGAAUACUCAAAACUGCCUAUUUAUUACCCUCCCUUCGAUAAGAUACUUGAAAAGGCAGCUGAAAUUGCAAAAAGCAGUGACAGUGCUAUGGCAGGUCGAGGUGGCAAGAAGUUCUAUGUUGUGCUAAAAGAAAUCAUGGAAAGGGACCCCUUGUCUCAACUCUGUGAAAAUGAAAUGGAUCUUAUUUGGACAUUGCGCUAUGACUGCCGUGAAAAUUUUCCACAAUCAUUGCCAAAAUUGCUGCUUUCUGUAAAAUGGAACAAACUUGAAGAUGUUGCUCAGCUCCAGGCUCUUCUUCAGAUAUGGACAAAACUGCCUCCUAGAGAAGCAUUAGAGUUAUUAGAUUUCAAUUAUCCAGACCAGUAUGUAAGAGAAUAUGCUGUUGGUUGCUUAAAGCUAAUGAGCGAUGAAGAGCUUUCUCAGUAUCUUCUUCAGCUCGUACAAGUUCUGAAGUAUGAACCUUUUCUUGAUUGUGCCCUCUCUCGAUUCCUACUAGAGAGAGCACUUGCUAAUAGAAGGAUAGGGCAGGUGCUUUUUUGGCAUCUAAGGUCAGAGGUGCACAUACCUGCAGUUUCAGUACAAUUUGGUUUAAUACUUGAAGCUUACUGCCGAGGAAGUGUUGCUCACAUGAAGGUGCUUUCCAAGCAGGUGGAAGCCCUUAAUAAGAUGAAAACCUUAAAUGGACUAAUAAAACUGAAUGCCAUGAAGCAAAGCAAAGCAAAAGGAAAAGAUGCAAUGCACACCUGCUUGAAACAAAAUGCUUACAGAGAAGCACUUUCUGACCUUCAAUCUCCUUUGAAUCCUUCUGUUAUACUCUCAGAACUACACAUUGAGAGGUGUAAAUACAUGGAUUCUAAAAUGAAACCUUUAUGGAUAGUAUACAACAAUAAGAUGUUUGGAGGGGAUUUUGUAGGGAUCAUUUUUAAAAAUGGUGAUGAUCUACGGCAAGAUAUGCUGACACUCCAGAUUUUACGUUUGAUGGACCUCCUUUGGAAAGAAGCUGGUCUGGAUCUUCGGAUGUUGCCGUAUGGCUGUUUAGCCACAGGAGACCACUCUGGCCUUAUUGAGGCUGUUUCAAGUUCAGAAACUAUUGCAGAUAUUCAGCUAAAUAGUAGCAAUGUUGCUGCUGCUGCUGCCUUCAACAAAGAUGCUCUCUUAAACUGGCUAAAGGAAUACAAUUUAGGAGAUGACUUGGAUCGAGCUAUUGAAGAGUUCACCCUGUCUUGUGCUGGCUACUGUGUAGCUACUUAUGUGCUUGGAAUUGGUGACAGGCAUAGUGACAAUAUCAUGGUCAGAAAGAAUGGUCAGCUCUUCCACAUAGAUUUUGGGCAUAUUCUUGGAAACUUUAAAUCCAAAUUUGGGAUUAAAAGGGAACGAGUGCCUUUCAUUCUCACUUAUGAUUUCAUUCAUGUUAUUCAGCAAGGCAAAACAGGAAACACUGAAAAAUUUGAUCGGUUCCGCCAGUAUUGUGAAGAAGCCUACUUGAUUCUGCGAAGACAUGGUAACCUCUUUAUCACACUCUUUGCACUGAUGUUAACUGCAGGUCUUCCAGAACUAACAUCUAUCAAGGAUAUCCAGUAUCUAAAGGACUCUCUUGCCUUAGGGAAGAGUGAGGAAGAAGCACUAAAGCAAUUUAAACAAAAAUUUGAUGAAGCACUCCGGGAAAGUUGGACUACUAAAGUGAAUUGGAUGGCUCACACUGUUAGGAAGGAUUACAGAUCCUAGGUGUGUUUUGGAUUUGCACUAAGCCGACCGUUACCCUGCCAAUGCGUGUUUUAAAAAGGGAUCUGUAGCUUGGACCAACAGAAUAUUUAAAAAAAAGAAAACGGGAAAUGGCCUGAAUAAUUCCUGAUUCUUUUGCACUCUGCUUCCAAAUGCUUGAUCCCAAAAUUUUUCUGUACAAAUAGUAAACUUCCUGGAUAAUCAGUUCCUGCUGACUUUGCACACGGAGAGCUACUAGGCAUUUUUUAAUUAUAUGGUACUUUAAGACAGAGUAAAUAUUUGUUUUUAUAUGUUGGGGUAAUAUACUCUAACACACACUCAAGAGGUUGAAAUACCUCUCUUGGAACAGUUCAUUGUUUUAAAAUUGAAGCUUAAAAGAGGAGUAAGGUGUUGUUGUUGUUUUUGUUGGGGGGGGGUUGAUAUCUUAAUUUUGGCUAAAAAUGACCAUAUUGUGUAUAUUUUUCAUAUGAAAACUGCCACACUGGCACAGAUGGAUUAAAACUACUGUAAAUAGCAACCACAGUAUUGUUUACUAUAGGGAGCUGCUUAAAGUCUUAUCCUGCUGCCAGAAGAACAGCAUAUAGACAUUUGUAAGAUUUCUUGGGGGAGUUCUUCAAGAAGGAUGGAAUACCUACAAGUGCUAAGUAUUGGCCUGUUGUUCAUAAAUUCAUACCGACUUCAGCUGGAGCAAAAUUAAAUCAAUUGUGAUUGCUUUUGAAAGUCCCUUCAAGAAGAUGGAGAAAUUUAACCUCUUCUUUUAACUUUUGCAAGAAGCAAAGCUAUUCCAUGUUUAGCAGAAUUGCUUGAAAGUCUUCCAUUGAAGUCCAUGUUCCAGACUUGAGGCAUGCACAGACCCACUUUGUGAUAUGUGUGUGCGUGUGUAUAUGCGUGUGUGUAAUAAAGCACCAAUUAACAGAGCAUAUGUACCAAAAAAAAGGAAAUUGUUCAACAAGGCAAUUAUUUAUGGUUUAAAAAAAUCCGUGUGUAAAAAUUGACAUUGUAUAAAACACCAAUGAACUAUAAAUCUGUUUUUACUGUAUUUAUUAAAAGCUUGCAGUAACAUUACUUUACCAUGAUAUUUGUGUUCAGUUUAAAAUGGUUGCUCAAGAAACAGGAUUUGUUUUAAUUUAUUUUGUGAGGUACCAGGCUUUUUGGUGCUUACAUGGAGAGCAAUUUUGAUAUGUGCAAUAGGAACUGCUGGUUUAAGGUGUAACAUACUGUUUCUGAACAUCAGCAAGAUGGAACUUAACUACUGCUUGUUCUCCAAAGAACACUGGUAGCUCUCAAUUCUUGUUGACAUUUGAAAUAGAAUUAAAUAUAUAUUUACCUUUGACUAAACAAUUGUUUUACAUAGAAAUUUCAUUAAAGAUGAUUUUACUUUUGUU